GCACCGGAAGUUCCGCGUCGGACCGGAAGCGCCGGGAUGCGGGCCGCGGCCUGGGUCUCGGUUUACACGGCGGCGGCGGCGGCGGCGUUGUUGGGCCUGUCCGGGGUCGGCUGCUCGCAGGGGGACCGCGAGCCCUACUACCGGCAAUGCGUGCGGCUGUGCGAGCGCCGGAACUGCACCGGCGCCGCGCUGAGGGCCUUCCACAGGGCGCAGCCCAUCCACAUGCAGCUGACGGGCUGGACCUGUAUCGACGACUGCCAGUAUGACUGCAUGUGGGACACGGUUGGUGUGUACAUCCAGGAAGGACUCAGGGUGCCUCAAUUUCAUGGCAAGUGGCCUUUCUACCGGUUCCUGUUCUUCCAGGAGCCCGCCUCGGCCUUCGCCUCCAUCCUGAACGGGCUGGCCAACCUGCUGAUGUUGGCCAAGUACCGGGCCGCGGUGCCGAGCGAGUGCCCCAUGUACAACACCUGCGUCUGCUUCGCCACGGUCACCCUGAACGCCUGGGUUUGGUCCACCGUCUUCCACACCCGCGACACAGCACUGACCGAG